UGUGUAUCGCUCUAUUUAAAAACGUGGUACCAACAAGUGACAAGUUGGCAAAAUUUGUAAACAACAGCAACGCACAUCCAAAAUCGUUUAUAUCAUAUAUGAUUUGUUUACCAUAUCACUUUUUAUAAUAACACAAAGGGGAGAUAGUUCAGUGACAACCCUUCUCAAAUAGGUUUGAAAUGUAUUGUGAAGGCUGAAAUGGAUAAGAAAGGGUAUGAAUUACGACAAAGAAAGAACCCUCCCACCAAAACCCAACAUCCCUCUGUUGAAAAUUCAGUAUCACAUAAAACUCCAAAGAUGGAAGUUGAUUUAGGAACGAUUCAAAUGAAAGAUAUUUUGAAGCAAGAUAAUGGAACAGUUAAUACAGCCUUUUCUGAUGAGGAUGAAGAGAACACACUUUUUGAUCAGACACCGCUGUUAUCUCGAGAUGAAAUCUGUGCAUCACCAGAUGUAUUGAUUGAAGAAGACACCAGGGAGGUCAAAGUUGACGAGAGCUGGUGGACAAUCGGUCUUCAAGUGUUCUUUCCAUUCAUCAUAGCAGGUUUUGGUACUGUAGGUGCUGGAAUGGUGCUAGAUAUAGUUCAGCAUUGGGAUGUAUACACAAAAGUUUCUGAGAUUUUUAUUUUAGUUCCGUCUCUCCUUGGUUUAAAAGGCAACUUAGAAAUGACAUUAGCAUCUAGACUAUCUACGCAGGCACACAUGGGUAAUAUGGAUAAACCUGGAGAAAAAUGGAAAAUGAUAGGUGGUAAUAUGGCUCUUGUACAGGCACAGGCAAUAGUUGUAGGAUUUUUAGCAUCACUGGUUGCCAUGGUGAUGGGAUGGAUACCAGAUGGCGAAUUUAAUUUACAUCACGCCCUGUUGUUAUGUGCCAGUAGUAUGCUUACAGCAGCUGUAGCUAGCUUUGUGUUAGGUGCUGUGAUGGUUAUUGUUGUUUUGCUUUCUAGGAAAUUUCAUAUUAAUCCAGACAAUGUGGCGACACCUAUUGCUGCUAGUCUAGGGGACUUAACUACGCUGUCAUUACUUUCAGGUGUUAGCUCUCUAUUAUUUAAUGCAAUAGGUAAACAACAUUGGUUGGCACCAUCAAUAAUAGUUUUAUUUCUAGCUUUAGCACCAAUAUGGAUAUAUAUAUCUUUAAAAAAUAAAUAUUCUAAUGAAGCAAUACGAGAAGGGUGGACUCCAGUUUUGAGCGCAAUGGUGAUAAGUAGUGUAGGUGGUCUGAUAUUAGAUUUUACUGUAGGGAAUUACCAUGGUAUUGCAGUUUUUCAGCCUGUGAUAAAUGGGGUGGGAGGAAAUUUAGUAGCAGUUCAAGCUAGUCGUAUUACUACAUUAUUACAUUUACAAAAGAGAAAAGGAAUAGUGGAAGAUGUCAAAGGUUGUCCUAAUGUAUUUGGAACAUUUUGUAAAUCAAAUGUAACAGCAAAAGCUACAAGAGUGUUAUUAGCAUUAGUGAUACCGGGGCAUUUGAUAUUUAUGUAUACUAUAGCUUACAUGAAAGCAGGUCACACAUCAAUUACUUGGACAUUUGCAAUUUUUUAUCUCACAGCAGCAAUGCUUCAGGUUUUGAUCUUACUGUUUAUGGCAAACUGGAUUGUACACUUGUUUUGGAGUUGGGGACAGGAUCCAGACAAUUUUGCCAUCCCAUACUUAACUGCUAUUGGAGAUUUACUUGGCACAGCUUUCCUAGCUGUUGCCUUUCAUAUGCUAUAUUUAUCUGGUGAUUAUUCUGUUGUUUUUGGCAAACUGGAUGGUACAUCUGAUAUGGCGACUGGGGGAUGAUCCAGACAACGUAGCUAUACCAUACCUCACAGCUAUCGGAGAUUUAUUAGGAACUUCCUUUCUAGCUGUUGCUUUCCAUUUAUUGUAUUUGAUUGGAGACAAAGAUGCAGAUGUUGGCGAAUAAAUUAUAUUCUCAUAUUAAUCAUUAAGUACAGAUCUUGUGUCCACGCUUUGCUUAUAAGCUCUGACAAUGCUCCAUCUGUUUCUUCGACCUUUUAAUAGAUAUAAGAAGAUGUGGUAUGAGUGCCAAUGAGACGACUCUCUUUCCAAGUUUUAAGAAUACUCAAACUUCUUGUAAUGAUGCACACCUUCAAAAUUUUGUAGGCACAAAUGUCAUUGGCUUACGUGACAAUAAUCACAACAGUAAUUAUAAUGGAGAGUUAUCAGAUUUUUGUAAGAGAAGUGUGGACACUCAGAUGAACAAAUAUCAAUAGAAUGGCAACAUGAAUAGUCAACAAAUUAAUUAUUGAUCAGUUGUGAUGUUUAAUAGUCAUAUACAAUUACAAAAAGUCAGUUCAGUAUUUAUCAUUAGAUAAACACCAACAAAAAUAUACCUUAGAUAUUAUAUUACAGCCAGAACUAUUGGGUGACCAGUCACCAGUCAGUCUUCCUUUAAAAUGAGGACAUGAUAAUUUGACCCUGUGGUGCAAUGAAGUGUUGUUGUCUUUGUUUUAAACCUGUUUUUGUUUCAGUAUUUUGUAAUAUAUGUAAAUGUUGAUUUGGAAAAUGUGUUUUAUAAAAGCAUUUAGAUUAUUUUAAAUGAUUAUUAUUGACCCAAACAUAUAUAGAUUUAACAUCAAAGUCUUUGGUAUACAUAAAUUCUGUCUAUUUUGAAAUUAGUUUUGUUCAUAUCAAAAGUUCUUAAGAAUAGAAACUAACAUAUGUUUCUAUGUUUAAUGCCAUAUAACAAGAUACAGACAAAGUUUUCAGUAUAUUUUAAAUAUAUUAUUUUGAACAUUGUACCAUUUUUGCAUUAUGAAAUGAAUAACAGUUCUUGUGUUUAUUCUCCAGCUGAACUUCUGUUUUUUAGGGGUUUUUUUAAAUGAAAGGUGUUCAAUCAGUUAACUGAAAUUGCAUCCAAAUUGCAAAUAAAUUUUCUAGAUAAGUUUUCUCAAUAUUUUGUCACUAAACUUUAACCAAUCUGUUUUAUAUUCCCUACUCCUGAAAAGCUAAAAUGGACCAAUGCUUAAAAAGUUUCUAAACUUUCCCUGUUGGAAAUGGUUUUAUUUUUGCUUUUACUUAAUAACUUUUAAUUCUUAUUCUAAUGAAUAUAGCAUUCAAUUUUUCAAAAAGACAUUUGAAUCAGAAUCUUUAAUGAUUAACUGUUUUAAAAAAAAAAUGACCCAGAUUUUGCCGAUCAAUAACAUGGAAACGUGAUAGUGUGAGUGCGAUGGGCAUGUAUAAUUGUUGUGAUGAAGACUACCAUAGAUUGAAGUUCAUAAUGAUAUUAAGGUUAAUAUUAUAAUGAUAUUAAGGUUAAUAUUAUAGACUCUCAUAACUUUGUAAAUAUAUAUUAAUAUAGGUAUAUUUGUUUACUCCACAUACUGUUUGAAACAUAAUCUUUGUCAGAGAAAUGUUUAAAUCAAAGAGGUCAGUGUUCCUUAUUUUGUGAUACUCAUCCAUUAUUGACACUGACAACUAGUUGUUUGUUAUGAUAAAGUUUUUAUUUAUUAAAAAGUGUUUACCUGA